UCAGCCCAGCAGUGUUGACAAUAGGGUGAAAAGAAACAGCCCCGAAUCAUAAACGAGCUGAGGAAAACACCAAAAUCCAGGGGUUUGGGGAAGACAAGCAGUUGAAUCAAUAACAGGAAUGUAAUUGCGUUAACCUAAUCGUUUUAUAUAGCCGUAUUUUGUUAUUAAUGGAAGUUUGAGGAUUAUUCCGUUGGAAGGAAAAAGGUACUCGUGGGUUUGGCUGUUUCAGGCCAAGAUUUUCCUGCUGCUCCGCCGCUGCUUGGGAAAGGCUGUUUGCACCGAGCUGGAGGUAGCCUAACAGUUAGCCCGCUAGAUUUCCAAACAUAGGAUAACUCCUCGUCGCCGUCUCCGUUGCGAACCGCAGAGGAUCAAGGUAAAGUACUACGAUUGGAGAGCUAACAGCCACUCGGUCGGCUGCAGCUUGUCGGGCUCGGGUCGGGACUCGGGACGGUGUGUGUUUCCCAGCCCAGUCGGUCUGUCAGUCUGUGAGCGCUAGCUAACGGUAGCAGCAUUAGCACUGCCCCUGUAUUUACAUCUGGGAUGAUGGGUGAUCGCCCAAGUCCGCCCAGCAGGGCUAUGUCCUCGGCAGCCACCACAUCUCCAUCUGUGGACAAAGUGGACGGAUUUUCACGGAAGUCUGUCAGGAAGGCUAAGCAGAAGCGGUCGCAGAGUUCGUCCCAGUUCCGCUCUCAGGGCAAACCCAUAGAGCUCACGCCCUUGCCUCUGCUCAAGGACGUGCCAGCGCCGGAGCAGCCGGAGCUGUUCCUGAAGAAGCUGCAGCAGUGCUGUACUGUCUUUGACUUCAUGGACACGCUGUCGGACCUCAAGAUGAAGGAGUACAAGCGCUCCACGCUCAACGAGCUGGUGGACUAUGUGACCGUCAGCCGGGGCUACCUGACAGAACAGGCCUACCCCGAGGUCGUCAAAAUGGUGUCUCACAACAUAUUCCGGACCCUUCCGCCCAGUGACAGUAAUGAGUUUGACCCCGAGGAGGACGAGCCCACGCUCGAGGCCUCUUGGCCACACUUACAGUUGGUAUACGAGUUCUUCAUCCGGUUCUUGGAGAGUCAGGAAUUCCAGCCCAGCAUUGCCAAAAAGUACAUAGACCAGAAGUUUGUCCUACAGCUCUUGGAGUUGUUUGACAGCGAGGAUCCUCGGGAGAGAGACUACCUGAAGACAGUCUUGCAUAGAAUCUACGGCAAAUUCCUGGGGCUGAGGGCUUUUAUACGAAAACAGAUCAAUAAUAUUUUUCUACGUUUUGUUUAUGAGACGGAGCACUUCAACGGGGUGGCUGAGUUGCUGGAGAUCCUGGGGAGUAUAAUCAAUGGUUUCGCUCUGCCACUGAAAGCAGAGCAUAAACAGUUUCUGGUCAAAGUGUUGAUCCCCCUCCACACUGUCAGGAGUCUGUCCCUCUUCCACGCACAGUUGGCGUAUUGCAUUGUACAGUUCCUAGAGAAAGACCCAACAUUAACAGAACCAGUCAUCAGAGGCUUACUGAAGUUCUGGCCAAAAACCUGCAGUCAAAAAGAGGUGAUGUUUCUAGGGGAGCUGGAGGAGAUCCUGGACGUCAUUGAACCCACACAGUUCGUCAAGAUCCAGGAGCCGCUCUUCAAACAGAUCUCCAGAUGUGUCUCCAGCCCACAUUUCCAGGUUGCAGAGCGAGCCCUGUACUACUGGAACAACGAGUACAUCAUGAGUCUGAUCGAGGAGAACUCCAGUGUCAUCCUGCCCAUCAUGUUCGCCAGCCUCUACAGGAUCUCCAAAGAGCACUGGAAUCCGGCGAUCGUGGCGCUGGUGUACAACGUCCUGAAGGCCUUCAUGGAGAUGAACAGUACUUUAUUCGAUGAACUCACAGCAACUUACAAGUCGGACCGCCAGCGUGAGAAGAAGAAGGAGAAGGAGCGGGAGGAGCUGUGGAAGAAGCUGGAGGACUUGGAGCUGAAGCGGGGCCUUAGGAGCGACGGGAUCAUCCCAACUUAACGAAGACAGCGCCGCGCUCCCCUCUGCCCCUGCCCAUCUCCCUCAUCCCCUCCUCCUCCUCCUCCUCCUCCUCUCCUACUCUGACUCCCCUUCCCCCUCCAUCCUGACCCCAAAUCCCGCCCCCGCCCCCCCUCCACAUCAGCCAUGUUUGCCCAGAGCUCCGAAAAUCCCUGAUAAAGGCCAUCGUCUCUGGAUCGACACGGAGCGCCCGCUGGUUUCUUAAUUGUUUUUUUGUUUUUUUUCUUAUGUUUUUUUUUUUUUUUCUCCUGUGUUUAUGCGACUUACUUUACAGUAGAUUCAUCACGUCUGUUUUCAUUAUUUCAACAGCACUGUAAAUAAUUAUUUUUUCUUUUUUUUCCCUUAAACUGAUAUUAUUGCAAACGGAAAAACAAGACAAUAAUAAUAAAAAAAAGAAAGAAAAAAAUAGAAAAUGAGAAAAUGACUUGUGUGGGAGGGGGAUUUAAACAUCAACAAAAAAAAACUUUGGACUGUAGGACAUGAAAUGAACUCUUGGAAAACAGAAAACAACAAAAAAAAAAAAA